GCUCCUCUCCCGUUGAUCGUUCAAUAACCUUUUACUGUUGGAGAAUCGCUGUUCCAUCUAGUCGCCAUGAGUCAUGGAAUCCCCCGCCACAGCGCGAAAGCAGAGCGGUCCGAGGAAGCAUACCAACAAGAACUCCGGAAAAUCGAAAGUUAUCGAGAACUUGAUCAAUUAGUUCGCGGAAAGAUCGCAGAGCAUCAGUAUACACCCGAAACGCUAGAGAAAAUAUCCGAAUUACUGGGCAGAAACCCAGAGUACUACACCGUGUGGAACUACCGACGCCAAGUUCUGCGGCAUGAGUUCUCACGAGCACUGUCAAGCGACUCGGAGGUUUCUGCAGCUGAUCAGAUUACUGCCUGGAUCAAAAAGGAUUUACUGUUUUUGAUCCCGCUUCUACGCAGCUUUCCUAAGUGUUAUUGGAUCUGGAACUACCGGCUAUGGCUGCUCGACGAAGCCAAGCGCCUUCUUCCGCUGCCUAUCGCCCGCAGAAUAUGGGAAGAGGAACUUGCGCUAGCCGGCAAGAUGUUAAGCUUAGAUAGCAGAAACUUCCAUGGUUGGGGUUACCGGCACUUUGUCGUGCAAACUCUAGAGCAAUUGACGUCCAGAGAGACCGGCAAGGGCAGCAUGACGCAAACCGAGUUCGAGUAUGCGAAGAAGAUGGUCGGCGCAAAUCUGUCGAAUUUCUCUGCAUGGCAUUAUCGGACGAAGCUCAUCCAACGGCUAUUGGACGAGCAAUCGGCCAGCGACGAGGAACGAAGAAAGAUACUGAAUGACGGUAAGGUUGCCCCUUCGGCCAUCCGCACCGGCGCAUUGGCUAAUGAGACAUGGCUCUGUAGAGCUUGAGCUCAUCCAUCGCGCCCUUUGUGACCCAUAUGAUCAGUCGCUGUGGUUUUACCACCAAAAUCUCAUGUGCACCUUCGACCCGGCACUGUCAGGGCAGACGAUGGCUCCCAAUCUAACGAAUCCCGAGCGGCGGGAGUACAUUCGACGUGAGAUUGAGGAAAUCGAAGAAAUGCUGGACGGUGCCGAAGACUGCAAGUACAUCUACCAGGCGCUGAUCGACUGUACGGUGUUGGCGUCCAAGGUGGAAGGCCGCAUGAGCAGUGAUGACCAGCAGAAAAUCCGGGGCUGGCUCUCCGAAUUGAAGCAGCUGGACCCGCUGCGACAGGGACGAUGGCUAGAUUUCGAGCGAUCACUGUGCAGAUGAGGGUCAUCCCUUACCUCGAUGCAUGUAGGAUGUAGGCAAUGAUAGCGGUGCUGCUGGGUCUACGCCCAUCUACUUAUAGAAAUUCGCGACGACGAUGAUUACGACAGUUAAACUAUGAAUAAUUGCCUUUCUAACAGACAGGGAUAAAGACUCCGUGGUCGUCUAGGGAUCUGCUGCAUGGCUGAGGGAAGGGGGAAUUCGGAAAUGUUUCAGAAUAACAAGUGGCCACAGCGGCGUUCAACGAUUGCCAUCGGGACUGGGAAUCCAUGUCAAUCCGCUUUAAGGGCUAGAGAAACGAAGGGAAAAUAUGAAGUAUAGAGAGAAACACCAAGAAACCCACAGGAUCCGUGUCGAAAGACAGGCAGUC